AUGGAUAAGAUACUGGAAGCCGUGGUGAUGUCCUCAUACCCCAACAAUGUGAAGCAAGGGCUCGUAAGGCGUGUCAUUGAGGCAGCAAAGCAGCCCAUGGACAGUGAGCAAUGCUGGUCCAUGCUGGAGCUAUCUACCAAGCUUUAUCUCACUGGGGACACCAAGUAUAAAAGAGAGAUUGGGAAAGAGGUUUUGGAGGUCUAUGGCCACUAUCACCCAGAGGAAUUUGAGGAGUUCUUCAAUGUCCGCUUCCUGCUGCGUCUCCUCCAGGAAGGCUAUGGACCUCUGGGGAAGAGAAGCCAUUAUGUACUUGAUUAUAUCCAGUUAGGACUGCAGUUCAUCCUGGAAAGCCCAUCAGCGAACAGCAUCUUCAGCUUAUUGAGGAUCGAAGUGCUCCGGAAAGUCUGUGAGAGGCCCAGCCCCAAGCAGUGUGCGAAGAUCAGCAAACUCUUAACCCAGCAUCCUCAGUGCAUUCCCACAGGAAAACACCAACUCUUAUUCUGUCAGCAGCUGAUCCGGUGCAUUGGGCAGUUCCAGUGUGUCUCUGAGGGGGAAGAGGAUAUCAUGGAGUUUUUGGAGCAGGUGAAUAAAGUGAGUGGUCUGCUGCAGAGGAUCUGGAGGACUCAGACCUCAGCCAUCCUGCCCUCUUUGAAAGAACUGUUCACUAUCAUUUCUUCAACAGAGGAGCAGGAAGCACCAUCCAAUGCCUUGGCCAGCGUGGUUCAGUUUGUCCCUCUGGAGCUCAUGGAUGGCGUCAUUAGAAACCUAACCAAUGAUGACAGCAUCACUGAUGUGCAAAUGAUGAUGGCCAUUGGCAGGAUGAUUGACUGGGUGUCCUGGCCCCUGGGGAAGAACAUAGACAAGUGGAUCAUUGCUCUGCUGAAGGGUUUGGCUGCAGUGAAAAAGUUCAGCAUCUUGAUUGAAGUCACUCUUUCAAAAAUUGAAAAGGUCUUCUCCAAGUUGCUGUACCCCAUUGUGAGAGAGGGGGCUUUGUCUGUCUUGCAGUACAUGCUGCUGAGCUUCCAGCACUCCCAUGAGGCGUUUCACUUGAUACUCCCUCACAUCCCCAGGCUAGUGGCCUCUCUGAAGAAGGAGGACUCAAAUUCUGCAACGAGCUCUCUGGAGCAGCUGGCUGAGCUCAUCCACUGCAUGUUCUUCCGCUUCUCAGGAUUUCCAGACCUCUAUGAACCAGUCCUAGAAGCAGUUAAAGCUCUUCCUAUUCCCAAUGAAGACCGGAUUAAACACCUCUUGGGUCAAAAUGCUUGGACGUCCCAGAAGAAUGAGCUGGCCAGCUUCUACCCACGUCUGGCAUCCAAAUCAGAAACGGGAAAGAUCGGGUUAAUUAAUUUGGGAAACACCUGCUACAUGAACAGCAUCAUACAGUCUCUUUUCAUGGCUUCAGACUUUCGGCAUUCAGUGCUGAAUUUAACUGAGGGCAACUCCCAGCCCCUGAUGACAAAGCUCCAGUGGCUCUUUGCAUUUUUGGAGCACAGUCAGCGACCUGUCAUCUCACCCGAGAGCUUCCUCUCUGCCUCCUGGCCACCCUGGUUCACUCCUGGAGCUCAGCAGGACUGCUCAGAGUAUCUCAAGUACUUGCUGGACCGAUUGCAUGAAGAAGAAAAGACUGGAAAAAGGAUCUACCAGAAACUCAAGGAAUCCAGCUUGAUGUCUCAGGCGGUGGAGCAUCAUUGUUUAAACAAGACAUUGAUUGAGAAGAUGUUUGGAGGUAAAAUGAUGACAAAGAUCCGCUGCUUGAAGUGCCUGAAUGUUUCUUCCCGAGAAGAAGCCUUUACAGAUCUGUCCCUGGCUUUUCCUCCAUCAGACAGGAACAUGCAUGGGAGCACAUCUAUUCUACCAGUGGAAGAAAUCGGCCCACAGUUCAUUGAGCCUCCUGAAAAUGCAGGCCAGCCUACAGGGUCUCCCUGGAUCCAGAGGAAGGCCCCCAUGACUGGGGACCCUGCAGCCCCACAGAUGCUGGUGGAAACAUUGGGUUUCCAGGAGCCAGGAGAAGCAGCAAAUCCAUUAAAUGGCAGUAAUGUUGGCUUGGAUGCAGCUAAAGACCCUCUCUCAGCUUUUGGGGAGCAGGCAUGCGCUCCCAAGGACUCCAGAUCUGUCCCAGAUUUAAUCAACUAUUUUCUGUCCCCGGAGAGACUGACAGCAGAGAAUAAAUACCACUGUGAGAAAUGUGCAUCCUUGCAGGAUGCUGAGAAGGUGGCAGAGCUGACAGAGGGUCCACACUACCUCAUCCUCACGCUGCUGCGAUUCUCCUUUGACCCACGGACCAUGAAGAGGAAGAAGAUCUUGGACAAUGUCUCUAUCCCUGUGGUGCUUAAGCUACCAAUCCUUGUGGCUCCAGAGGAAACUGAGGAGGUCUGCCGGCGUGGGAAGGACAGUGCUGCCCCAGGAAGUGGCUUCAUGUCUGUUGUCUAUGACCUCUGCAGUGUGGUGGUGCAUUCAGGCAUCUCCUCAGAGAGUGGCCACUACUACUGCUACUCCAGGGAGUGCACUGACACUGUUGCCCAUGGGCAGCCCCAGGAUGGGGUGCCAAAAGCUGCCUCUGACAAGCAGUUGGACUUUGAAAUCCAGUGGUACCUCUUCAAUGACACUAGAGUUUCCUUCUCAUCCUUUGAAUCGGUCAGCAAUGUCACUUCUUUCUUCCCCAAAGACACUGCCUAUGUCCUCUUCUACAGGCAGCGGCCGGGCAGGCAGAGCUGCCAGCUGCACGAGGCUCUGGCUGAGGCUGGCUGUCUGCACGGAGAACACUCCCUCCACAAGGACUUAAUGGAAGCCAUUUCCAAAGAUAACAUCCUCUACUUGCAGGAACAGGAAAAAGAAGCGAGGAACAGAGCUGCCUACAUUUCUGCCUUGCCAAAAUCCCCGCUGUGGUGGAGAGACUUGGACAGGGACAAGGAUGAUGACAGCUCGUCGGGGGGCUGCAGCCCUGCGGCAGGCGGGGGUGGAUCUGGCUCCUUUCAUGGACUUGUCUUCUAG